GUCGUGAUGAGUCAUGCAUUUACUUGCAUUGGACAGUGGAUGAACUAUGCUAGCCAAAUGUAUUGCAAGCGAGUCCCCAUUCGCAUGUCCGUCGGAAUGGUUGUCUAGGUGAACAUGCGAAAGUAUUGUGCAAUCUGGUAUGACUGUUCAACAGAGCGCUCUUCACGGCUUCUCUUGAUGGUCAUAUGACUCAUCCGUAACCUUCGCACACCAGCAUCACUCCGCAUCUGGUCACAGGUGGCACAUCAAUUGGCAGGGCUCCGACGGACAAUAAACAAUGAUCAAACAAAAAUUGGCAGGGAGGGGUGCUUAAAAGUCACUCUUCACUUUGAAUGUACCGCAACUUACGAUGAAUUCUCUCCGAUUCUUCUUUGUGCUCAUCCCACUGCAAGAACCCAACGUAGGGCUCGUCCUCAGUGCUGCAGUUUGUCUUGCUGUAGUGGGUGUAAUUUUUUGGGCUUCCCGUCCUAAAUCAAAAAGUGGCCUUCCUCUUCCACCUUCCCCUCCCACUUGGAGACUUCAAGGGCACGUCCUACCAACUCGCAAACCUUUCCUCACCAUAGCAGGAUGGAUUGACGAGUACGCUCCUUUGAUUACUAUUCGAUUAAAAUUCGAGCGGAUCGUUAUUAUCGGCCGUUACAAAGCCGCCGUAGAAAUUAUGGAGAAUCAGGGAAAAUUUCUAGCUGAUCGUCCUCCCAUGAUUGCUGCUGGAGAGUUAUUUAGCGGCGGAAUGAGCAUUGCCUUUAUACCUUUCGUGGACCGGUUCCGUCGCAUGCGUAGAGCACUUCAUUCUCAUCUCCAACCUAAAGCAGCUGAGGCAUAUCAGCCACUGCAGAUGUCACACGCGAAGGACAUAGUUCUUGGCGUUCUUGAUAAUCCACACAACCUCCGGCACCAUGUGAUAACUUAUGCUGCGACGACAAUUAUGAAAAUUGCAUAUGGGAAGAAUACGCUCACGUCUGCGACUGAUCCCGAAGUCAUUGAGAUGCAUCAAAUUGUCAGGAUGGCUACUGGGAUAAUGCGCCCUGGUGCUUAUCUGGUGGAGUCGAUUCCGUGGCUCAAACAUCUUCCUUGGUAUGGGCGAGACUUAAAGCUGGGGUUUGAGAGGAGUAAGAAACUCAACCUUGAUCAGCUAAACCGCGUGAAGGAGCAAAUGCAUAGCGACGUGGAUAUCGGCCCCUCGUUCACGAAAUAUAUGCUAGAAAAUAGCCAAUCCUAUGGUUUGGCAGAGACCGAGAUGGCCUUUCUUGGUGGUGCCUUUUUUGGAGCUGGAUCAGAUACGACUUCUAUGUCGAUAUGCACGGUACUCAUGGCAGCCGCAUGUUUCCCCGAGGAGCAAGCUAAAGUUCAGGCCGAGCUCGAUGCGGUCAUUGGAAGGCACCGAGCGCCGACCUUUGCCGACAAAGAGUCCCUUCCACGCCUGCGAGCAUUUAUCUCUGAGGCUUUAAGAUGGCGACCUGUGGCUUCUGGCGGACUGGCUCACCGCACAACCAAGGACGUGGUUUGGGACAACUACUGUAUUCCAGCUGGGACUACGGUGUUCGGCAACCAUUGGUCUAUUUCUCGGGAUCCAGAUGUCUACCCGGAGCCUUAUGCGUUCAAGCCUCAACGCUGGAUUGACGACGAAGGUGGCCUGAGAGACGAUUUAAAAUUCUUUGUCUACGGCUUUGGUCGGCGCGUAUGCCCCGGUCAACAUGUCGCGGACAGAUCAGUGUUCAUAAUUACCCUCCUUAUUCUUUGGGCCUACAAACUCACUCUGGAUCCUACAAAGCCAUUAGAGGACAUGGGGUUCAUGGCCGGCUCGAUGCCCGACGUCCUGCCAUGCACAUUUGAGUUUGAGAAGAGGAUUCCGGAAACGGAGCUCAGGAGCAUGAUGCAGCAUUAUCCUGAGGUAGCAUGAGAAGCUUUGAUGCCUAGACGGGUUAGGGAGAGAACGAAGAACAAGUUCCCAACGAAUCCUCCUCGACUUGCAGUAUGGUUUAAAUUUGCCUGAGCCAAUUCUGAUUUGUGCAUUAUGUAGUUCCUGUC